AUGGAACUAUUCAACGCUGCCGUCGUGAUCGUGUCGUCCAGUUGCUUCUCACACACCUCUGAGGACAGAACUGGACCUGUUAUUGCGGAUUACUUGGAGUCAAGAGACUGGAAUACGACUAUAGAUAUUGUUGAUGAUGAUAAGGCGAUGAUUCAGGAGCUUGUGAGAAGGCUUACUGCCGACACCGCAACGGCGCCCAAUCUCAUUGUCUUGAGCGGAGGAACUGGCUUCACAAAGAAGGAUGUAACACCUGAAGCUGUUAAGCCGUUAUUCGAUAAGGAAGCCCCAGGCAUUGUUCAUGCGAUGUUAUCGCACUCGUUUGGUAUCACUCCCUAUGCCAUAUGCUCAAGGCCUGUUGCUGGUGUUUUAAACGAGACUCUGAUCGUGACAAUUCCUGGCUCUCCAAAGGGAGCAACGGAGAACUUGGAUGCUAUCAUUGAUAAGUUGAAGCAUAUCUUGAACCAGCUCCGUGUUGACAGUGCUAGGGAGCUGCACAAGCCCAGCGAUCAUCCGAGCUCAGAAGUGAAGCACUCUGGCCAUUCACAUGAGCACUCACACAAGCACUCUCAUCAACACUCACACGAGCACUCUCAUCAACACUCACAUGAACACUCACAUGAACACUCUCAUGGCGUAAAGCUCCAUCUGCUUUCCAACGCGCUCAACGGUCCAGUCGCUCAAAGAGCUAGAAAAUCACCAUAUCCAAUGGUUUCCGUCCUUCAAGCCCUGGAUUAUAUUGACAGGUUUACACCCAAACCAUCGGUCAUCAAAAAGAAACUAACAGACGAUGAUAUCACUGGAUACGUUCUUGCACAAGACGUGUUUGCUCGUGUAAACGUUCCCGACUUCAACGCUUCGAUAGUGGAUGGCUAUGCCGUGAUACACUCUGAUUGUCCGGGUACUUUCCCAGUUGUAUCUGUUUCUCACGCUGCUCCUGGUGAAACUAAAAGAAUACAGAGUGGUACGGUUGUUCGAGUCACUACUGGUGCACCUAUCCCCUUAGGCACCACUGCGGUGAUUCCUGUGGAGGAGACUGAAGUUGAUAAGGAAACAGCAGAUGGCGAGGAAGUUGAGGUGAAGAUCCUUGCCAUGAACGUUGUCGAGGGAGAUAACAUCAGAAAGCUCGGAAGUGACAUAUCCAAGGGUGCACUGGCGUUACCAAAGGGUUCGAGAAUCUCCAGGCUUGGAGGAGAGAUGGGCUUGUUGGUUAGUAUUGGUGUUCUUGAGGUUGAGGUUUAUGCCAAACCAGUCAUUGGCGUGUUAAGUACCGGUGAUGAGCUUGUUGAUCUAUCCCAAAGCUCGGAAGUUCCGCUGAAAUAUGGUCAGAUCUACGAUACUAACAGACCUCUGUUAAGCCAACUCUUCCAAGGGUACGAUUACAAGGUUGUUGAUUUUGGUAUUUCCCAUGACACUCUAGGCAAGUUGGCUGAGACCGUUGAGAGUGCAUUUGAACGUGUUGACUAUUUCAUCACCACAGGGGGAGUUUCCAUGGGUGAGACGGAUCUGUUGAAGCCGUUUAUUGAACGCCAUCUGGGAGGUACCAUCCAUUUUGGUCGAGUUGCGAUGAAACCUGGUAAGCCGACAACGUUUGCAACUUUUCCACCUGAUCACAAGUUUGCGAACAAGGCAAUCUUUGCCCUUCCUGGUAACCCAGCAUCGGCAUCUGUCACUUCAAACCUCUUCGUGCUUCCGUCGCUGAUGAAGUUCAGUGGUAUUGCGAACACAACUCGGUCCACAGUGGAUGUCAUUUUGAACCAAGAUGCAAAGCUGGAUCCACGUCCUGAGUACCAGAGGGUUCACAUCUCUAGGCAAGGAGACAAAUUGGUUGCUGAUAGCACGGGCUUCCAACGUAGCAGCUGUGUCGGGAGCAUUGCAGGAGCCAAUGGGCUUUUGGUUCUGCCUUCAUCGAAGGAUGUUCCUUCAGGAAAGCUUUUGAAGGGCUCUAGAGCUCAAGCCAUCAUUAUAGACAUCCUUUAG